AUGCUUUCAAUGAGCCGUCGAUUGUCUCUUCAUUUCAAUCCAUUUCACGUCAAUUCUCUUCAAAACCGUCUCUUUUAUGGCCACAAAUCGGCGGCUAUUUUGUCGUCGACCAGAUGUGGCCCACAAUCGAGACAAUUGUCUACAAAUGAGGUCCCGAAGUAUGACAUGGAGUACGAGUUGCCACCGCUUAUGAAGUUUAUGCCCAAAUCGGGUCCCAAUCUCUUCUACGUCCUGAAGAAUCACUUCAUUAUUAACAUGUAUUUAAAGCCUAAGAUUGACAAAGACUUUGAUCUCAAGAGUUUCCUAUUGGGAGCUGUGUCCAUCAUAUCAUCCAAUUUAGCCAACGAUCACAUCGAAGGCAUCAAACAUAUGCUAACAGAAGAGGUAGCAUACGAAACAGUGUCGAAGAGUUUCGCCAACUAUUCAUUACAUCAGAAAUCACUGCUCAAAGUGGACACCGAAGACAUACAUCUCUGUUAUGUUUAUAAUAUCCAAAUCCAUUACCCCCUGACUCGCGAUGGCAACAAAUCAACGACUUUUCGGUCGUCGACCACAUGUGACCCACAAUCGAGUCAAUUGUCGACCAGUGAUGACCAGAAGGCCUUUGAGUACUCAAUACCACCGCUCAUAAAGUUUACCCCCAAAGGGACGCCUAAUCUCUCAUUAUAG